CUUCCUCUACUCACAACUUCAACUCAAGAGUUAAAUCCACAAUUGCAACUACCCAACCACAAACAAGCAACAGAACUUAUCGAAUAUCUACACGAAAAACCUAUACAAUGGAGUCAAUGCUGCUAGAUGAUGUCAUGAAAAAGUUGGUCUCGGCUCUCACGAUUUCCCUAGUAGAAGCGCUUCUCACGAAGGUUCACAUCGAGAUCUGGAAGCCAGGCGUCGAAAUUUGGGAAAACCAAACCACCUCGGAUGUCCUAGAUUACAUCUUCUCGAUGCUGGUAAACCCCAAUUUCCUGACAUUAGUCAUCGGCGUCCUGAUGGCGCUGUAUGACUAUGCGCCGAUGCAGUCUUCGGAGCACCGGCCGUUUACAACUGUCCCGACGAUGGGCUGGAGGCAGAUCACGUCUUACGCGCUCAUUCCUCUGUUGUGGGUUCAAGUUUGGGAGCUGAACCGUAAUCCUGAGGUGUCGUCGACUAUUCCGUUGUGGCAACACUGUCUUUAUUAUAUGAUGGUCGGAACUGCUGCAUUAUUAAGCAUGCGCCAAAUCGGUUACUUCACUCAUAGAGCUUCUGUCUUGAAGUACUCGUUCGCGAUUAUGGGGUACAUUUUGCCAAUUCUGUAUAUCCUGGAGGGUCUUGCGCUUGAACCGCCAAGGGUAGACGCAGGAUGCGUGGCACGAGGGGUCAUUGUGCGGCGCAUGGGAUACACGAGACCCACGGCAAAAUGGCUCAUGGAAAACGCAGGAUGCGAGUUAUCUCAAUUGGGGACCAAAAACUAUUAG